GCACACUGACAGGCGCUGGGGCCAAGCAGACGGCGGCCGCGCCGGGGUGCGAAGAGGCCGCCGCGAACCCUCCCGGCUUCUACCGCUGAGGGAAGCGGCCGGGGGAGUCCGGCGUGGUCAGACGGCGGGGCUCCAGCGGCGCUUGGAAAGCCCCCGCCGCCCCCACACCUGUGCCCUGAGGGGGCGGUGAGUGGGUGUAGCCGCCGCCGCCGAUCACCUGGGAUCCCCGCCCCGUUAGCGCCUCCGCCUCCCGUCCUCGCCCGGCCGGGGAAGGCGCCACCGCCGCUGCCAGCGACCCAGCGCGCUGCGAGAGGCCGGGGCCGGCGGGCGAAGCGAGGCGAGGAGAAGGGAAGGGAGAGUCUGCGGCGCCCGGUGGGGCUCGCCCCUUCCCGACAGCCGGGGCUGAGGCGGGCAGGAGGGCGGCGGCGGCGUCCCCCCGCUCCUCUCCCCCGGCCGGCUGGGUCGCGGGGCGCUGGAGCGGCGGCAGGAUGAACCCCAAUGUCACCUACGCCAGUCGCAAGCGGCGGAAACCUGUGCAGAAAAUAGUAAAGCCAUCUCCAGCUGAAGGAGUCAAGUCCAAUCCAUCCAAGAGGCACAGGGACCGCUUGAACGCGGAGUUGGACCGCUUGGCCAGCCUCCUGCCUUUCCCUCAAGAUGUCAUCGCCAAACUGGAUAAGCUGUCUGUGCUUCGGCUUAGCGUCAGCUACCUGAGAGCCAAAAGUUUUUUUGAUGUUGCAUUAAAAUCUUCCAACUCUACAAGACCAGAAAGAAAUGGCAUUCAGGAAAACUGUAGAACAGCAAAAUGUGGAGAAGGGAUGCAGAUCCUGGAAGGUGAACUCUUACUGCAGGCAUUAAAUGGUUUUGUAUUAGUUGUUACGGCCGAUGCUCUGGUUUUUUACGUCUCUUCUACUAUUCAAGACUACUUGGGAUUCCAACAAUCUGAUAUUAUCCACCAGAGUGUGUUUGAACUGAUUCACACAGAAGACAGACCUGAGUUUCAACGACAGCUACACUGGGCAUUAAAUCCUGCCCAGCCUGCAGAUUCCGGACCAGGCGUGCAAGGAGAUAAUGGCUUUUCACAGCCAGCAACCUAUUAUAACCCAGACCAACUUCCUCCGGAGAACUCUUCCUUUAUGGAAAGGAAUUUCAUCUGCAGGUUACGAUGCCUCCUGGAUAAUUCAUCUGGGUUCCUGGCUAUGAAUUUUCAAGGACGAUUAAAGUUUCUCCACGGACAAAACAAGAAAGGGAAGGAUGGUGCUCCUCUCUCCCCUCAGCUCGCUCUCUUUGCAGUAGCUACUCCCCUGCAGCCACCAUCUAUCCUCGAGAUACGAACCAAAAACUUCAUCUUCAGAACAAAACACAAACUGGAUUUCACACCUACUGGCUGUGAUGCAAAAGGAAAGAUUGUCCUGGGAUACACCGAAGCAGAGCUGUGUAUGAGAGGAACAGGAUACCAGUUUAUUCAUGCAGCUGAUAUGCUUUAUUGUGCUGAAAAUCAUGUCCGAAUGAUGAAGACAGGUGAGAGUGGAAUGACUGUAUUUAGGCUUCUAACCAAAGAAAAUCGAUGGGCCUGGGUACAGGCAAACGCUCGUCUUGUCUACAAAAAUGGAAGACCGGAUUACAUCAUCGCCACGCAAAGACCUCUCACAGAUGAGGAAGGGGCAGAACAUCUACGGAAGCGUAACAUGAAGUUGCCCUUCAUGUUUGCCACUGGUGAGGCUGUGUUAUACGAGGUGUCUUUCCCUAUGUCGAGCCUUUUGGAUCCCUCUCAGCAGAGGAAUAAAAGCACGACGGGAAAAGGCCCCAAAACAACCCUGCACAACGAUUCCGUGGAUCCAAACUCCCUCCUAGGUGUGAUGCUGAGGCAAGAUGAGUCUGUGUACCUCUGCCCCCCGGCACCGCACAAACUGUCCUUUGAGCGGAACCUCUUUGCAGACAGCAGGGAUGAGCUGGGCGGUGGUGUGAGUGGUGGCUGGACUGAUAGUCUCCUACCUGCUGGAAAUCACAGCGUUCUCAAACAGGAGCUGAUAGAGUGUUCCCAGGACAGCACUCUUCCCCUCCCUGAGGACAGUGCAGCGCUCUUCCUGGAGAACAAAACCGGUGACUUGUACAGCAUCAUGAAAAAUCUGGGAAUUGACUUUGAGGAUCUAAAGUGUAUUCAGCAGGAUGAGGAGUUUUUUAAAACUGAAUUAUCUGGUGUGGAUGAUAUUGGGGACAUCGACAUAACUGAUGAAAUCCUGACUUAUGUUCAGGAUUCCUUAAAUAAGUCUGACUUAUUAUACUCAGGCUGUAACCAGCAGCAGCCCCUGGUCCAGAAUGAAGGUUGCUUGGUACAGCAAGAGUUAGAUCCACAUCAGCUUCAUCAGCACCAGAAACAGCUUGUGGAGCAGCAACAACAGCAGCAACAACAACAACAGCAGCAGCAGCAGCUCUGUCAAAAGAUGAAACACAUGCAAGUCAAUGGGAUGUUCACAAAUUGGAGCUCUGGCACCGGCGUGCCUCUUAGCUGCUCACAGCAGCAGCAGCAGCCCCAGCAGUUUGUGUUCCCUGGCAUGCACACCACGGCGCCUGAGUUCUCCUACAAAUCAGAAGCAAACACUUCCCCUUACGCCUGUAGGCAAGAGUUUAUUCCUUACAAGCAGCCCGCAGCCCCCGUGCCCCAGCUUUCGAAUUUCGCCCCAGCGGAUUUCCCCGUCGCAGGUUUUGACAGAUCGAACUAUUCUGCUUCUUCCAACCUGGAGGAUUUUCUCAGCUGUUUGCAUCAAGUCCCUGAAAAUCAUGAGUGUGGUGGGAUGAACUCCGAGCAGGUUAUGCUGAGCCCUCAGACAUGCUAUGCGGGCGCUGUCUCCAUGUACCAGUGCACGCAAGAAGCACAGCCCAGCUGCGUGGAUCCAAUGCAGUAUGAUCCCAUGGUGGCAAGUCAACAAACUUUGUUGAACAAGUUCCAAAACGGUUUCAAUGGAGGAAAUGUAAAUGAAGCAUAUCCCUCUCAGUUAGAUGUGAUCAGUAAUGCACAGACUGCCACACAUCUUCAGCCUCUUCAUCAUCCCACAGAGCCCAGAUCCUUCUCAGAUUUGGCAUCUAGUGGAUUUAUGUGAUUCGGAUCUAGAGCUCCAUCUGUGAUUUUGUCUGGGUGUCGGGCUGCUCUGAGGAAAAACCUUGGCAAGUUUUAUCUUUGAGCGUCAGAGACUUUUAACAGCUAAAUUACAUGUUGAGAGCGAGGUUGAUUGCACUAUGUACUGGUGGGUAUGUAAUCCAAGACCUGGCUUUUGAAAGUGACGGGUGGAAUUCAAACUUCUGACUAAAAAAGUAUGCACGUGCUGUUUUCCAUCAGCUCGACUGCGUCGUUGCAGCAUGGAUUACAUAUGUACUACAGACUCUGUCAUGCUAUACAACAUAAGAUAAGGCAAAUGGUUUUGUUGUUUAGAAAAAAUAAUUGGGCACUUUACAAAUAGCAUCAAUGGCACAAGGAAGAUGAUUUCGCACGAGGAUUAUUUCCAGACUUCAUUUUGAAAAAACUGUUAAAAAGCUCUAAAUUCAUGAGAAUCAAAAGCACUUAAUUUUAACGCAUACUAAGCUCUUUAAUCACUUAUUUUGUAUUUAAAUCCUUUUGUUUUAAGUCUCCAUUUCUAGCACUUUAAUAGAAGGCUUAAUACAAGGAUAUGAUAUGCAACUUCAGGUUUUCUAUGAAACAGACCCCUUGCAUUCCUCCUUUUCUUGUCAACCUUAAGUGCCUGACGGUUUAGCUACCUUGUUUCUGAUGGGAGCUUAUUUUAGCAAAACUCACUAUAAAUGUCAUCCAUAUUAUGUGAAUUUUGUCUAACAUCUACAGUGCUACUGGCUGUAUCUUCCCCCCCACCCCCUUAAGAAAAUUUGUUUAGAGAAUGACUUAAUUCUUCAUCUGUGGGUUUGUUACACUAUUAUCAGGAGUUAUUAAUGUUCUGAAUUUAGUUCAGCUAAAUUUAGUUCAGUUUUUGCUUAUUAUAUACCGCUUUUCUGCUUUCUUCAGGUAAUACAGGGUAUAUUAAAAAAAGCAGACUUUGCUGAGGGGGAGGAGCAGAUCCUCAGGAUUAGUUUUAGAUUAUUAAUGCUGAAAAACAUGUGCCUUAUCUUGUGUUAAAAUGCUCAUAAUGUUCUUUAGAAAUAAUACAAGGCUGCUCUAUGCAAAUACUUUCAUUAAAAUGGAUAUGGAAAAGGAUUGCAUUUUAAAUAAGGGGGAAAGGAGUCUCAAUAGCGAUUGGUGUUGACGUUUCCUUUGACUGCAGUUUCUGAUGUUUGUAGUGGGGAAAGGGUCAGCUUUGGUUUAAACUUUAUCCCUAGCAAAUUGCACUGGAAAGUACAGAGAGGUUAUUCUUUUUAUGUAUGUUGAUGCAUUUGAAAAGCUUUGUGCAAAAUACGAAAUUGAGAAAAGAAAAAAGUCAUUAGAGAAAUUCUCCUUGCAAUAGGUUUUAUUUUCAGGAAAAGAAAAAAACAAAACAAAACACAUCCAUCCUGGGAUUUUGCUUUGGUUUUAUCUGAGAGGAUUGUUAGAAUUGCAGACACCAAUGUUUGGUGCAAAAUAAUAAUCUACGUGGAAAAUACCGAAAUGUGUAUAUGUUCAAAAUAUUUCAUACUCUUGUGUGUUGUAUAGUUCAUAUAUAAUAAAAUGUCUUUGUAAA